CACCAACACCCACCCCCCUUACCACCCACGACCACCCCCUUACCACCCACGACCACCACUCCCCGCCCUCCACCCACCAUGGCCGCCGAAAAAUCCCCUUCGGAGCGCAUCUGCGCGCACAUGAAUGCGCAGCACUCCUCCAGCAUCCACGACUACGCAUUAUUCUUCGCGCGGCUGCCGUCCUCGCUAGCGCGGACCGCAACGCUGACCUCUGUCAGCACCGAGAAGCUCACACUGACAAUCACGUCCGCACACGGCGCCACGAGCACCGUCAACAUCCCUUUGCACCCGCCUAUGGCGGAUCUGGGCGAGAGCCGCGAGCGGCUUGUCGCCCUCGCGCACGAGGCGAUGGAGGGCUUGGGCAGAUCGAGGUAUACCGUCACUAGAUGGGUGCCCCCCGGUCCCCUAGGCGCGGUCGUCUCCGCCGCCGUCUGCUUUGGCUAUUGGUCGUUCUGGAAUGGUGCCGUGCAGUUUGCCCGCGGCGGGUUUGUGAGGGAGUACAUCUUCAUGGGCGGCCUCGACGCGGUCGCGGCAGUGCUUGCGGGAUACUGCAAGGUCUUCUUUUGCGGCAUUCUGGCGAUCCAUGUGGCCGAGUGUGUGUGGAUGCAGAACACGCGGCUGCCGAAGCAUAGCGUUUUCACGGGAUCGGCGCUGUGGUGGAAGUGGAUUGCGGCUACGUUCAUCGAGGGCAUCGGCAGUGUUAAGCGCUUCGAUGGAGAGGUUAGACGGCUGCAGGCGGAGGGGAAGAAGGCCCAUUAGAUCGCAGAUACCCUGUGCGGUCAUGACGAUGGGGGAUGGGGGAUACGGGGAUGCUCAGGAGGGGUUUACUAUAAUACCUACACUGAUCCCAGCCUCGCCGGACAACCCCAUUUCCCCCGAAUACUUCUCUUCCCAAGCAAUAGCUGCACAAUCGUUACGCGAGACCAGCGUGAUCGCAUAGGUACCAUACCGAUAAAUGUCGGUGAAGGAAUCCUGUCGGAUGUCCUCGAGCAGGAAGCAGGGCGGGCGAGUGACGUCGAUGAUCGACCUAACGAUCGACUCAAUGAUCGACUCAAUAAUCGAAUAUGUACCUAGUGAUAUCAUUAUGUGAGAUAUCAUGGCAUGAUCUUGGAAGACGUAAAUGACGGGAUUUGUCUUUGUAUCUCCUUAUAAACUCUCUUUUGCCCGUUCACUCUCAUCUGUAUCUACUAUCCGACGGAUCGCAAGUUUAGACCUAGAAUUCCAAAAUAAGUACGCGAAUCUA